UUCAUCGCGAGAUAGCGUGUUGCAGUGGUCCCAUCAUCAGUUUCGAGAAGUGUUGCAGAGGCGACUCUACUUCGAAACAAUACGAAAUCUCGAAACCAAGAAGAACAGCAGCAGAGUCCAAGAUGUUGGUCAAGUGUUUGGCGUUGUUCGCGUUAUUAGCGUGUGUGGCUGCAGACCAAGGUUCCUCGGCCAGAGAGGCGAGAUGUGGCGAACCUGUGGUGGACGUAAAUAUUAACAAGAUCGUCGAUGGCGAGGCAUCCAAACCAGACCAAUGGCCCUGGAUGGGUGCUUUGGGAUACCGGAACCCGCAGGCUGUGGACGAACCUUUCUUCAAGUGCGCAGGUGCCCUGAUCUCCGUGAGACACGUUCUCACAUCAGCUUACUGCGCAACAAUGGAACCUGACCUGUACCUGGUUCGAUUCGGUACCUUGAGCCUGACGAACUCUUCCCGCGUUGAUAUCCUAAUCGACCAAGCGAUCGUGCACGGCGAAUACAACGAAAAAACGAAAGCAAACGACAUCGCCAUUCUCAAGCUGCAGAAGGACGUCAUUCCUAGCAAUUCCCUCCUCCCCAUCUGUCUCCCAUUCGACCCACCUCUCUCAGCCGAUAACUACCACGGAAAAUUGGUUACCGUCGCUGGAUGGGGAAUGACCUCCACCGGUGGACCACAGAGCGACGUUCUCAAACACGCUACCAUUCCCAUUGUUCCCAUCCCAAGCUGCAGAGACUCUUACAGCGGACUGCCAAACCUGGUGAUCAACGACCGCACCGUAUGCGCUGGAAAUAAAGACGGAGAAAACAACGCUUGCGACCGCGAUAACGGAGCACCUCUGAUGUUGAAAGCAGACGGCAAGUUCUACGCGAUUGGUAUCUUCUCGUACAGCUACAAAUGCGCUCAACCUGGCUACCCUGCUCUCUUCAUGAGAAUCGCCGCCGAAAAAGAAUUCAUCAUCCGAGCAAUGAAGCAAUUGGUGCGUGACUGUCACGGUCAGUACCGAAGAAAUUUCCAUCCGGAAUCCAACGAAAGGACAUCAACAACGUCCAAGACGAUGUUCAAAGGCCUGGCGUUAAUCGCCUUGUUAAUAAUUGCGGCGUCUGCUCAAGUGAACGAGGACUGGACCAAUAUCUUGAAGCCUCCCGAUUGCGGUGCCAGCAAAGUCGAUCAGGUUACCAGGGUGAUGGGUGGCGAACAAGCGAAACGAGGUGCCUGGCCCUGGAUAGCCGCGUUAGGGUCUCCAAACGACCCUGGUACUACGAAACCAAAAUGGCUGUGCGGGGGUGCCCUGAUAUCGUCGAGGCACGUUCUGACAGCUGCCCACUGCCUGCGAUUAGUCGAUCCAUACGUGGUUCGCCUCGGAGUCUUGACGCUAGACAGGUACGAAGGAAACGUGAAUCGGACCGCUGAGGAUGAAAGAAUCGACCUCGACAUCGAGUUGAAGAUGGUGCAUCCCGAGUACAACUCGACGACUAGGGCAAACGAUGUCGCCGUUAUCAAACUGAAGCAAGAGGUGCAGUUUACGGAACACAUACAUCCAAUUUGUCUUCCUGCGGUCGAGUCUAUUAUAAACGAUCACCUAACUGGAAAGAAUGUCGCCGUUGCUGGCUGGGGAGCAAAGGCGGAUGACGGAGGACCAUACAGCGACACUCUCAUGCAAGUGGAGAUGCCAGUCGCGAAUCUCAGCGAUUGCAUAGACACUUACCAGAUAUUGCUGCCAGAGACCGUUGUCGACAAUAGCUCGUUGUGCGCUGGAGCCGCAGAGGGAGGAAGAGAUACCUGCAAGGUGGCUACCUUCAACUUCGCUUGGAUUGCAGGCGUAUCGGGAAUAAACGAUAGAUUACAAUUACUUUUCCAGGGUGACAGCGGAGGACCUUUGAUGUACGCCAUGAAUGGUACCUACUAUCAGGUCGGGAUCGUUUCUUUUGGCUUCAGUUGCGGCAUACCCACGGUUCCUGGCGUCUACGCCAGAGUCACAGAGUUUCUCGACUUCAUAGACACGUCAUUGGGCAAAUAAAACGGAAUGUCGAUCAUCGAAGAUAGGUGUAGUUUCUUUCGGCUACAAAUGCGGUCAACCAAAAUAUCCUGACGUCUACGCUAGAAUUACCGAGUUCCUCGACUUCGUUACAUCAGCAAUGAAACAACAAUAACGAUUAACGUCUACUUCCUAUGUAGUAUAUUUUAA